GUGCUAUAUACGUCAUCGCCGUCAAUGGGUUUGUUUUGAAUCGCAGUUAAUUGAUUUCUCUUUGUAUAGGUUUCUUAAUUUUCAUGUGAAAACAAAUCGAGAUACAAUUAUUCGGAGAUCACUGCAAUUAAUGGUGUAUUCCUAGAUUCUUUAAAAUACAGACAUAUGUAAAACAAAAUUGUAAAUAAAAUAUGUUAAGUUGCUAAUGUGAGCGAAAGUAAGGAUAUAGCUAAAAAGAUAAGAUAAAAUAAAAGUCUCGAAAUUCACAAAUCUCAAGUUUUAUAAUGGCAGAGGAAAACACGGAGGAGGCAUUUAUUAUAUACCGCGAGGGUGUGGCACAACAGUUGCAAUGGAAUUCAGUGCCACCUUUGAAACGUGAACCUGCCACACGUCUCUGUGCUGUUGAUCAAUACGAGUUACUACUGAUACUCACAGCUGAUGGCUCACUUUACAUUGCUAAGAAUUCGACGCAUUCCCCCAACACCCUGCAUUUAGAAUUGCACCGCAAAUGUAUAGUGGAUAUAGCCUAUUGUCGGCAACUAUGCCAACUGUUUGUUGUAACGGAGAACGGUGAAGUGCUGAUGCAAACUAUAAAGCAGACCACAAAUUUGUGCAAAAAUUCUUGGCGAUCGCUAUCAUUUGAUCCACUCGAGCUUUCCGAGGAGGGAAUUUUUAUUGAACGUGUUUGCUGUUCGUCUCGAGGUGUAGUCUUUGUCACACGCUCUGGAGAAUUAUAUGUAAUGGGCAGUUGUGGUGAUAUAUUUCACGCAGAAGUGCAGCCUAAGCAUAUACGCCUCAUCGAAGAAAGUAAAUAUAUACUGGAUCUCGUAGCUGGUGAUGAGUUUUUUGUUUUAUUACUUCAACGAGCUUACCCUACAGAAGGCGAUCCGCUGAAACUAUUAAGCAAUGGACGACAAACAAAUUUUGCUUCAACAUCAACUCAUUCUCCUUCAUCUGCACGUGUUGGCUUUGGUAAACAGCUAGAAAUGGAAAAUUCUGUCAAUUGUGGAGACGAUAAUGUAGAUAAAAAAGUUGAAUUAAACUCGAACUCAUCGGUGCGUUCUUAUAGCAGCACGAAAUCUAGCCAAACACAACAAGAUGACAUUGACUACAAUCUUAAAGAAAUUCUUAAACAAGGCUACUCGCUGCUGCACACACAAGUUUGCACAUUUGGUGCUGCGAAUGGUGGUCUUCUCGGCACUGGCGAUCACAUUAAACGCAAUACAGUAAAUUAUCUGCAAAAGCUGGAAGCGUUGGGAGUAUGCAGUGUGGCUGCUGGUAGAGAACACAGUGUAGCUCGCACACUAGAUGGCAGAUUAUUUCACUGGGGUCUCAACACGCAGCUGCAACUAAAUAACCAAAAAGAACUAGCUGAUAUAAGUUCGCCUACCGAGCUGAAAUUAGACAAAGUGGAACUGGAAGUUACGCAGCGCAACAUACUCAAUGCUUGCUGCGGCGAUUUUCAAACUGUUCUAUUGAAUGCUCGCGGAGAAGUACAAUUAAAGGAGCAGCAGCUAUCAAGCUUUGAACAACACUUGCUCACUUUGAAUAUGCGUGACGCCAUCAAUCGGAAAACCAUUCCUUUGGUGCUCGCCUGCGCGAACUAUACUUUGCAGAACCGACGUAAAUUUCAACGCCAGUUCCACGCCUAUUACACUGGACUUCAACAGCAAUUAAAAAUGCUAUUGGUGUACCGACAUGGCAUACAAAUGAUUAAGCUUUUCCAGCAGAAGAGUACAGCUUUCGUGUUGAUGCAAUUGCAACACAUAUGUCAGUUUUAUCACAAACUCUUGUACCUGAUAGCUUGUACGUUGAAAUCCUUCGAAGAAUUUUACCGUUCCGACUUUACAAACCCCACAGAAUUGGUAUUUGUGCAGAAUUACCGCGAGUGCAUUGAACUUUUUACACAGUACACAAAAGCUUAUUGCGACCUUUACUCGGUCGAUGCUUUCGCAGAGGCCUCCAAACUGUAUAGCCAUUUGUCGAGUGUACCGUUAAUGCCGGGACAGCGCGAGCAUAACAUCGACUUGCUGCGCAUCUGUCAGCAGCCAUUUCAAGUAUUCCCCCAUUAUGUGCAAUUUCUCGAACAACUCGUAAAAACGCGUCCCGAAUACACAGAGCAUCUUUUCGCUUGGGACGCGUACUCACGACAACAGCGCAUUGACUUAGAGUUGGCGGAGAACACCUUAGAGUUUUGGCAGCGCAAUGAGCGCAACACGAAAAUACGACAUUUUCGUCGUAAGCAACGACGCGUCAUACUUACCUCAACGACGGUGCCAUUGAAAUUGGCUCAAACCACCAUGAGCAUGUCCAGCAACACUUUUAUCUUAUUCUCCGAUUGCUUUUGUCAGGUUAGUGGACAGUUGCACACAUAUCCCUUGGUGACGUUGUGGGUGAAGAUGGAAAAUGACACCGCUUUACGAAUAACAACACCGGAGCGCACAUUCACACUGCUGGCACGAACGAACCACGAUAAGAAACUUUGGUACGAUCAAAUUGAGUCGGCAGUGAAGAUCGUUUUAGGACGACCGGCGGAUGCCAAGUUGUCGAGCGUGCGCACUACUGCUCACCUGUUUAGUCGCAACCAUGCCAAAUAUGCCGGGGUGCACGCUUAUGGUCGUUGGCGCAAUGGUGUGCUGAAUGGCAGCUGCUACCUCGAGUAUUCGGACGGACGUGUAUACUUCGGACAAAUUAGAAAUGGCGAAAUAGAAGGUUAUGGAAAAAUGGUAAUACCUUCGGUGGGUCUGUACGAAGGUCAUUUCAAGGCUGGCAAAUUCCACGGUCACGGCACCUACGAGCUGAAAGAUAAUGAGGUUUACGAGGGUCACUUUCGGGAUGGUCUAUUUCACGGGCAUGGCAUGCAGCGCAGCAAUAAUUGCACAUAUGUUGGCGAAUUUCAGGCGAAUGCCAAAUGCGGUUAUGGCAUUUUGGACGACAUGUUAACGGGUGACAAGUACAUGGGCAUGUUUGCGGACAAUAAGCGGAUCGGUGCUGGCAUCUGCAUUACGAUGAACGGCGACUACUUCGAGGGUCUCUUUGCCAACGACGAACUAGCUGGUCCGGGUAUAGCUGUGCUGGAGAAGGAUUACUACUAUGAGGGCGAAUUGUCAUUGCAGGGCCCAAUUGGAAAGGGUGUUUAUUACAUGCCCACGGGUGCAGCAAAUAUUGUGGAUUCAGGCCUAAACGAGAGCGAUGAGUUUGCGUGUCGCCAAAUGUUAGGCAAUGUGUUGAGCGGCCAAUUAGGUGGUACAUGGCAAGAAGUGCGCAUUAUAUCAGGAGCUAUGGCUAUGAAUAAGCAUUUUCCCAAAUAUCCAAAUGCUAUUGGUGCUCUUGUUGUAGAUAAUAAUCGUAAAUGGCGUUCGCUCUUUGAAAAUUUUGAAGAAGAAGUGUUCGGCAGUGGUAUCGUUAACGGGAAUCAGAAAUCCGACGAUAGCGUGAGUUUGACAAAAGCGCUAUGGAAUCGUAUUGCGGUUUACAUGUACUCACUGCGAGAGCGUGAGCGCACAUUAGAGCAGCAAGACAGCGCUUAUCAGUCGACUCGUAGUUACUUUGCCAAAAACAUAUCACUCGGCUUUUCCAACAGCUUCGAUAAACUUAGUCUAAAGUCCACAAAUAGUUUGCUCACAACAGCUAAAUCGAGCAUACUGGAUCUGAGCAGCAGUCUUACGGAUUCGCGACGUUCCCAUUCACAGGAAAUGCUUUACGACGGCGACGUAAACGAUUUCGAUAACGUCUGGGGUACAACAAGCUUUACACACUACAACAGCGAGGAUAAUAACUCCAUAAGCGGUUUGCUUAACGCGCAGAUCAAUCAUUGGCUGGGCGAUGCCAACACGCCGAGUUUACGCUCUUCUUUCGAUAGUAUACUGAAUAUUGGCGAAAGUUUUAAUAAUAAUAGCUUCACUUCCCAAACUGAUCUGGAAAUCGUGCCCAGCUUCGGUAUCACUUCGCUGACAGAACAAGAUGUGGCCGCCGUCAAAGAUUACCUGCAACAAGCGUUCAAAGAUCGCUAUCAUCCAUUGUAUAUGUUGAAUCAACGCAUAUCCAACUGCUUUUACAACUCAUACGGCUGCUGGAAAAUGAAGCCAACACCCAUACUGGCAAAGCAAGCAAUGCUAGAAUGGGAAUCGAUCUCGAAACGUGUUUAUAGAUUUGUGCAGAAAAUGUUUCCGGCGUUGCCCGAUGACUAUUGCGUUAUCGAAAGCACACGCGAAGUAGUUUCGCACAUCACAUUGCUGUAUCCCAUCGUACUAAGUGAGGGCAUUUAUUCGACACUGUUCGUGCUCUACGCUAACAAGUGCAGUGUUAAGGACGAAAUGUACAGACAGAACCUUAUUUAUGCGGACAAGCUGACAGACGAAGAUCUAGCCGCAUGUCUAGCACUCGAAAGCUCAUUUUUACCGAUCGUGCGUCAUGCCUGUUACGCCGAGGCCAUACAAACGUUGAAGCAACUCAAAGAAAAAUAUAGUCCUAAAGCGAUGUUAACUGUGAUAGAGCGUUGCAUACAACAAAUAACCGACGCACACAAGGCUAUUGCUAGCCUGAACUCUGUGAUAUUAGCCGCCGACGGCAUGAUGCCACUCACGCUUUUUCUGGUGCUGCGCGCGGCCGUACCUCAUCUCGGUGCCGAGUUAGCGUUGUUGGAUGACUUGACCGGUGGCACUAAUUUUCAAUUUGAAAUGAACGGCAUUGCCGGCUAUUGCUACACGACACUCAAGGCUGCCUAUGAGCAUAUCACCGCCGUGCCUCUAAAUAAGUCGUAAUGCGCUCCAUAACACCACCUCCUUGAUUCUUACGUAUGCACGCCAGUUGUGCAGAAAACUCACCAAAACUUGUUUUAGUAGCAAUUGCAUUAAGCAUUAAGCUUUGUAGUUGAAAUUUGAAUGAAUGAACAUUGUAUAACCUACGCAUAAGUUAUCCAAAAUGUCGGCGUUUAAAAGUGUAAAGAAUAAGCGUACUGUUCAAAGUGACCUAUUGAGUUAAUAGACGCAUUUCACAAAUUUCUUAUAAACGACAAAUGCGAUUUCAAAAUUAUGUAUGCUCGAAAGGUGCGUACAAUUAUUAAGUUGAAAAAAUUCUCAGAAACUUUUUUGAGCCUGCUAAAAAAAUUCGACUCAAUUUAAGCUUUAUAAUUAUCGUUUGAUUACUAUUAUUAUUAUUUCUAAGAUCAUGAUUAUUAAUCCUUGUAUUAGUUGUCUGUAAAAAGUUUGCUGAAAUAUUUUAAAGUCGGUAUUAUUUUUAAACAGCUAACCUCAACAAUUCUCAACGAAAAAAGAUUCCCCAAACUAUAUAUUGUUACCGUAAAAGUGAAUAGAGUAGACCAAUAAUUGUGAAAGUUGUAUAAUUAAUGUUAAAUGCAUACUAACAUUCCACUGAUGAAAAAUAAAAGCCGAAAAUAUGGUUUAUAUCCAGACGAAGUAGAAGAAGAUUAAGAUGUAGUAUUAAUAAAAGAGAUCUGUUACCAAAAAUGUCUACACAGCGAAUAAAUUCAUUUAUGAGAUCUACAUACAUAUGUA